AAACCUUAACCCGACAUUUCGACGCCUCCAUGAAAGCCUGAGAUUUGAGCUCCCAUCUCCGUCUUCGAUCAGUAACCUACGCCCAGAAAAUGGCAUCUCUCUCUGUAUCAAAAGCAUCCCGUUUGAAGCCUAAGCUUUCAUCGCCAUUUUCCCUGAGAUCCACCGCCUUCUUCUGCGCAUCUCCUUCAUCGUUCUCCCAAAGUGCAGAGCCCCAAGUCGCCGGAGUUCAGGACGCCGGCACCUCGCCAGCUCCCGCGAGGCCGUUGAGAGGUAAGCACAAAAACCCUGAGAAACUCGAGGAUGUUAUCGGUAGAAUGAUGGCUAAUAGGGCAUGGACGACCCGUUUACAGAACUCGAUCCGGAACCUCGUUCCGGUCUUCGAUCAUGACCUCGUGUACAAUGUGUUGCACGCCGCCAAGAACUCGGAGCACGCUCUCCAAUUCUUUAGGUGGGUGGAUAGGGCUGGGCUUUUCCAGCACAAUAGGGAGACGCAUUUUAAGAUUCUCCAGAUUCUCGGCCGAGCUUCCAAGCUUAACCAUGCUAGAUGCAUACUUCUCGAUAUGCCGAAAAAGGGGGUUGAAUGGGACGAGGAUUUGUGGGUUGUGAUGAUUGAGAGUUAUGGCGAGGCUGGGAUUGUCCAGGAGAGUGUGAAAUUGUUUCAGAAAAUGGAGGAGCUUGGGGUUGAGAGAACUGUGAAAUCAUACAAUGCUUUGUUUAAGGUUAUAUCGAGGCGAGGCCGUUAUAUGAUGGCUAAAAGGUACUUCAACAAGAUGGUGAAAGAAGGGAUUGAGCCAACUACCCACACAUACAACCUUCUGAUAUGGGGAUUCUUCCUUUCUUCCAAGGUUGAAACUGCAAGUAGGUUCUUUGAGGAGAUGAAAAGCAGGGAAGUUAGGCCUGAUGUGGUUACUUAUAAUACCAUGAUUAAUGGAUUUAUACGUGUUAAGAAAAUUGAGGAGGCGGAAAAAUUCUUUGUGGAGAUGAAGGCAAAGAAUUUUGAGCCAUCAGUGAUUACGUAUACGACGUUGAUAAAAGGAUAUAAUUCUGUUGGACAAGUUGAUGACGCGUUUAGAUUGUUUGGAGAGAUGAAAAGUUUUGGGAUCAAGCCGAAUGCAAUAACAUACUCGACCUUGCUCCCUGGGUUAUGUGAAGCAGAGAAGAUGUCUGAAGCUGAGAGUAUAUUGAAGGAGAUGGAAGAGAAGUAUAUUGCUCCAAAGGAAAAUUCCAUUUUUGUAAGAUUAAUAACUGGGCAGUGCAAGGCGGGUGAUUUGGAUGCUGCUGCAAAUGUACUCAAAACUAUGAUUAGGUUGAGUAUUCCAACCGAGGCUGGGCACUAUGGUGUCUUGAUUGAGAACUUCUGCAAGGCGGGCAGUUACGAGAGGGCAAUUCAAUUGCUGGAUAAGCUCAUUGAGAAGGGCAUCAUUUUGAGACCCGAGAAUACUUUUCAUAUGGAGUCAAGUGCUUAUAACCUGAUUAUUGAGUAUCUCUGCAACAAUGGCCAGACUGGAAAAGCCGAAGCCCUUAUGAGACAGUUGAUGAAAACAGGUGUUCAGGAUCCGGUUGCAUUAAAUAACCUGAUCCGUGGGCAUGCAAACGAAGGAGCUCCUGAAUCAGCGUCUGAACUUCUGAAGAUCAUGGUUAGGAGGAAAGUUCUUACAGAAGACAGUGCGUAUAAGUCACUUGUUGAUAGUUAUUUAAAGAAACGAGAGCCUUCUGAUGCCAAAACGGUUUUGGACAGUAUGAUUGAGAACGGGCAUCUUCCAGACUCGUCCCUGUAUAGGUCUGUUAUGGAGAGCUUGUUCGAAGAUGGAAGAGUUCAAACAGCCAGCCGUGUGAUGAAGACUAUGCUGGAUAAGGGAGUGAAGGAACACCUGGACUUGUUAGAAAAGAUAUUGGAAGCUCUCCUGAUGAGGGGUCAUGUUGAGGAAGCUCUGGGUAGAAUUGAUCUGAUGAUGCAAAGUGGCCUUGCACCCGAUCUUGAUCGUCUUUUAUCUGUUCUGUGUGAGAAAGAAAAGACAAUUGCUGCUUUGAAGCUCUUAGAUUUUGGUUUAGAGAGAGACUUUAGCAUCGACUUCUCAAGCUACGAUAAGGUGUUGGAUGCACUUUUAGCCGCUGGAAAGACCCUAAAUGCGUAUUCAGUUUUGUGUAAGAUAACGGAAAAAGGAGGAGCUACAAACCACAGCAGCUGUGAAGAAUUGAUCAAGAGCCUCAAUAAGGAGGGUAACACAAAACAAGCAGAUAUUCUAUCAAGGUUGAUCAAGGGAAAUGGCAGCAAGAAAGGAAUGAAAAAGGUGCCCACUGCCUCCUGAUUUUUCUAGUUCUGUUUUCUCUGGAACUUUUGGCUUAAAUUAUUCUCAUAUAUUGGAAUUUUCUUAUGUAACACAAUAAUAGAACCGAGUUCAAUAUGACAACAUUAGUGUAUUCAGGAUUUAUGAAUUUAGCCUAACUUUUGGCUCAACUUUAUUGAAAGUUUUCCCUUACAUUUGUUGUUGUUAUCUCAAGGAUUGUUUUGCAAA